AUGAAAGAAGAGGAAUGUUAUUUAAUCAGUAGCAAAGUAUCAAACUUGAUAUUGUUAAAUAUUGCUGAAAAGAUUGACAACAAUGCAGAUUUAAUAUGCUUCUUGUUGACUUGUAAAAGGUUAUACUUUAACAUUGGACAACAACAUGGUGGCAAGAUUAGAUUCAAACAUCUAGAGUACAUUGAUACCAAAGUGUCGACUCUUUCAACCUUUCCUAUGAAUCUACAGUUUGUAAGAUCGAUGAAACACUUUAAUCUACGAUCGUUUACUAGUCUAUUCAACAACUCUUUGGCAAAUCAAAUCGUAUUGUCUGAUGAUCAAGAGUCUAUACCAAUACUCAAUAACUCGUUGAUGACAAAUACUACACCAUCUGAUGACAGUGAUGAUGAUAGAUUAUAUGUACUGAUUCAUCAAGACUCAACUCAAUUAAAUGAUAUGGUUUUACCAAUCAAUACAAAGACCGUUCAUAUUAUUAAACAUAUGAAAACACCUCUACUGCCAAUGACAUUGUUUAAGGGAGUCAAGAACCUUGAACAAUUGUUCAUAUCACAGUAUGCACCAAGACAAAAGAUGUGUAAACUACCCGAGUCAAUCAGAUCGUUGCAUAUACUGCGAAUGGAGCAAUCGUCUUUGGAUGGUGGAGACAUGUUUCCGUCGCAACUAGAGACACUCGAGUUGAUGGGACCAAACGAUCCCGUCCAACUAGGCAGUCUGGGACUGGCCAAAUUGCAGUAUCUAAAGACACUCAAAAUCGAUUCAAUCAUGACUGGUCCAUCUUCCCCGGUCCCUCUUUUCCCAACGUCAUUGGUAUCACUCAAUAUUGAAAUGAGCCAUACUCCACCAGCCGACCUUUUCCGUUCACUAGUAUCACUCGAAUCACUCACACUCUCUGUUCAUUCUGAACACGUCGAUAUGGACUAUGCACUCGAUCUCACCACUCUACACGCACUCGAAUCAUUUGAAUUGUACGUCAACACUGCGUCAAUUGAAAGCUCGGCCAUCCAACUACCGUUCGCUUCUAGUCUUAGGCAUUUGCGUAUCUCUGCGCAUUUGAGGAACCUCACUACACAGUUUUUCCCACAGUCAUCUUUGACCAGUUUGGAUAUUGAUACGAGUAGUCUAAACUUUGAUACAGUCGCUCUACCAACAUCGCUCGUUACUCUUAGACUACAACCUCCAAGUCAAAUUGCAGUCCCACCCGGAUACAUUCCAAACAGUGUCAAGAAUCUAUUCAUUGUAUUGUAUGGCGGUGCUGGAUUGUUGGAUGGAGCCAUUCCAUCGUCGGUUGAAGAGUUGACAAUGUUUGGAUACGAAGGUGCAGUGACACCCAACAAUUUCCCAAACUCUAUUAAAAAGCUUACUUGGAAUAGAGUCAAUAGCGUCAAUACCGUUGAAACGACUCUCCCCAAUCAAUUGGAAAAGUUUAAAUGGAUGACUCAUAUAGAUGUCGAUCCAGGAUUCACCCAUCCAUCGUAUCCAUCGACACUGCUAGAGUUGGAGUUUUCAGGGUUCCCAUCAAUCCAUCCACCCAUCUCUUAUCCGUCUUCACUCACCAAGCUCAACUGUUCUAUUGCUCCAAUACAAGACAACGGUCAACCCAAUGACACAGCAGCAGCUACUCCAAUCUAUUCAAUUUCAUCAUUACGACAAUUACAAGACGGUCCAUUUAAAUUCUCCACCAUUCUUCUCAGAAAACUUGUACUCAAACUUGAACAAAGAGGUAGUUUUAGAUUGGACCAAGUAAUCAAUCAAACAAAUGUUGAAAAGUUGUCACUUUGUGGAUUCUCAAAUGAAGAUGCAUGGUUUAAAGCAACUAUUAAAAGAUUAGAUAAAGAUAAUGCAUCGGUAUUAAUUGUAGACAACAAAUCUUUGUUUGGUGGUAUCAUUCAUCAAUCAAGACAACCAAACAACGACAGUUCAACCAAAGAUAUAUAUAGGCCGAUUUAUAUUCACGCUAAAGAUAAUGGUACUAUUUGUUGGAGUUUUAAUCCAAUUUAA